AUGCCUGAAUUCAGUGCUGAAUUUCUUAUUCAGAAUGAGAAUCUCUGUACUGUGAACAACCGCUCCACCACGAACUCGCUCGAAUUUUCGAAUAAGAACCCGCCGAUAGAUCCAUCGAAAAGCCCUCGAUCAUACGAGCAUUUUGACCCCAUCGCCGACCGCAUACCCUGUGUGGUGGUGGAGUUAUCCAGCCAAACGUGAACCAGAUGUCGUUCGGAACUCCUGCGUGGGAUUAUCCCCCAUUCUCCCCUACCACACCACAACCCCGGGCCAAAUCGCCAUACAAAUUGUAAGGUGAAGA